CACUUCCCUUUUUCUUUGAUUCUCACACUUACAACGAUGCAGAAUACUUCAACUCUCCACUGCCACCGCUCCUUUCACUGUUAUGUUACAGAUUGUAUUUAGAAAAAUUAUUAAUAAAAAAGAUGUUUUUUGUUUCUUGAAUUUUCAAAUAAUAACACCCUUUUAAGUUCUUUGUAUACAUUUCAGUGAUUAUGACAUAAUUAUGAUGAUGGGUUAAAUUAAUGUAUUUUAAUAAUAUUUAAUUUAUUCAUUUAUGUUUUCAAAUCUUGUUACGUAAGUCAAAAUAUUUGUCAUUUAUUUAGGACUUGUAGUUGGAGCAGGUGUACUUGAUUAAGUGAUUGAUAUCUCAACUUAAUUUGCUGCUCAAAAAAAAAAAAUAAUAAAAAAAAUAAAAUGGAGAAGAUAAUUGAAAGAGGGAAUUUGUUGUUUGCUGUUAAUGGUGAAAGAUUUGAGAUACCCACUAGUGUUCAUCCAUCAACUACUUUGCUUGAGUUUCUGAGAACUCAAACUCGUUUUAAAAGUGUCAAGCUUGGGUGUGGAGAAGGUGGUUGUGGGGCUUGUGUUGUGCUGCUAUCCAAAUAUGAUCCUGUACAUGAUAAGGUGGAAGAUUAUACAGUUAAUUCAUGCCUUACGCUGCUUUUUAGUAUACAUGGUUGCUCCAUUACCACGACUGAAGGCCUUGGAAGUCAAAAGGAAGGUUUUCAUUCAAUACACCAAAGACUUGCUGGAUUCCAUGCCUCUCAGUGUGGCUUCUGUACGCCUGGAAUGUGUGUUUCUCUUUUCUCGGCUCUUGUCAAUGCUGAGAAGAGUGACAGGGAAGAAUCCCCACCUGGGUUUUCAAAGCUUAAGGUUAGUGAGGCAGAGAAAGCCAUUGCCGGAAACCUCUGUAGGUGUACUGGUUACCGGCCUAUUGCUGAUGCUUGCAAAAGCUUUGCAGGAGAUGUGGAUAUUGAAGAUCUAGGAUUCAAUACUUAUUGGCAAAAGGAGGAGGGCAAGGAACUUAAGGUGAGCAGGUUACCUGUUUAUGAUAGCAGUUGUCAGAUAUCAACAUUUCCUGAUUUUUUGAAGAGUGAAUUAAAGCUUAGAAUGUUAUUGGAUUCGGGAAAAUAUUCUUGGCAUACCCCUGUUAGUAUUGAGGAACUCCAAAAUAAGCUGGAAUUGAGUGAGGCCAACUACGUAAAUCGUGUCAAAUUAGUUGUUAGUAAUACAGGUACAGGGUAUUAUAAAGAACUAGAAGGCUAUGACACAUACAUAGACUUGAGGUACAUUCCUGAGCUCUCUAUGGUUAAAAGAGAUUCUGAAAGUGUCCAAAUUGGGGCAGCUGUGUCAAUCUCUAAGGCUAUUGUUACACUGGAUGAAGGUGGUGAAGAUAGACUGAGUGAGGGCAGUGUAGCAAUGCUUAAGAAAAUUGCUGCCCAUUUUGAGAAAAUUGCUUCUGGGUCGAUCAGAAACUCAGCAAGUAUAGGUGGAAAUUUAGUUAUGGCACAGAGGUCUGGAUUUCCUUCUGACAUUGCUACUGUUCUCCUAGCUGUAGAUUCUAGUGUAGAGAUUAUAAGAUGCUCAAAAAGAGAGACCAUAAAAUUGGAGGAAUUCUUGGUAAGGCCACCUUUAGAUUCAAAAAGUAUAGUUGUGAGUGUCAAGAUUCCGAUUUGGGAACCUUCCUCAAAAUCAAAUUGUAAAGUUAUGUUUGAUAGCUAUAGAGCAGCACCUCGCCCUCUGGGAAAUGCAUUGGCAUAUCUAAACGCUGCUUUCCUGGCUGAAGUUUCUCCCAGCAAGUCUUCUGAUGGCAUCACGGUGAACAAGAUUCACUUGGCUUUUGGUGCUUAUGGGACUAGGCAUGCAGUGCGGGCUAGAAAGGCUGAAGAGUUUUUAGCUGGCAGAGAUAUUGACCAUGAAUCCCUCCGCAAAACAAUGAAUUUAGUUCGGGCUGCUGUUGUGCCUGAAAAUGGCAUUUCACAUCCUUCCUACAGGAUAAGCUUAGCUGAGGCCUUUGUUUUUGAGUUUCUGCACAGUUUGGUUGAGCCUAAUUUUGGGUUUACAAGUUUAGGCUUGGAUCAAUACAUUAGUUCUCAGUCUACAACAAACUGUAGUGUGAAUGAGUACAAUAAGAAACCUUUAUUAUUACCUGCAAAGCAGGUAAUUGUACCCGGUACAGAAUAUCAUCCUGUUGGGAAGCCCAUUGGCAAAACUGGAGCUGCUCUUCAGGCAUCUGGCGAGGCAACAUAUGUUGAUGAUAUUCCUUCUCCAAAAGACUGUCUUCAUGGAGCAUUUGUGUAUAGCACAAAGCCAUUGGCAAGGGUUAAUUGUGUGAGAUAUGAGUCUGAAUCACAUCCUGAUGGAGUUGUUUCCAUUGUUUCCUAUAAAGAUAUCCCACAUGGUGGGAAGAACGUAGGAGCCCAAACAAUAUUUGGCCAAGAUUUAUUAUUUGCUGAUGAUCUCACAAGAUCUGCUGGUGAACGUAUUGCACUAGUUGUUGCAGAUACGCAGAGGCAUGCAGACAUUGCAGCUACUAAAGCAGUUGUUGACUAUGACUUAGAAAAUUUAGAGCCACCAAUUCUGACAGUUGAACAAGCAGUUGAGAGGUGUAGCUUUUUCGAAAUCCCUCCUUUCUUGUGCCCUAAACCAGUUGGCGACUUUGCCAAGGGAAUGGCUGAAGCUGAUCAGAAAAUUCUUUCAGCUAAGAUUAGACUCCCAUCACAGUACUAUUUCUAUAUGGAGACUCAAACUGCCUUGGCUAUUCCAGAUGAAGAUAACUGCAUGGUGGUUUAUAGUUCUGCUCAAGUUCCAGAAUUUACACAAUCUGUGAUUGCAAGAUGUCUUGGGGUUCCUGAAAAUAACAUCCGUGUCCUUACAAGGCGGGUUGGAGGCGGUUUUGGAGGAAAGGCCAUAAAAGCUAUGCCUGUUGCAUCAGCUUGUGCAUUAGCUGCAUACAAGCUUCGUCGCCCUGUGAGGAUGUAUCUCAAUCGCAAGACUGAUAUGAUAACAACUGGAGGAAGACAUCCAAUGAAAAUAACUUAUAGUGUGGGAUUCAAAUUGAAUGGGAAGAUCACAGCUUUACAUCUUGAGAUUUUGGUUAAUGCUGGUAUAUCCGAAGAUAUUAGCCCAAUAAUGCCAGCAAACAUAGUAAAUGGACUUAAGAAGUAUGAUUGGGGUGCUUUAUCACUUGAUAUUAAAUUAUGCAAGACUAAUCAUACAAGUAAAUCGGCAAUGCGAGCUCCUGGUGAAGUUCAAGGAACAUUUAUAGCUGAAGUCGUGAUUGAACAUGUAGCUUCUGCCCUUUCGAUAGAUGUUGAUGUUGUUAGAGACCAAAACUUCCACACCUUCGAUAGCUUAACUUUGUUCUGUCAGGCUGCUGCUGGAGAGCCGAGUGAAUAUACUUUACGUUCAAUUUGGGAUAAGAUAGCUUCAUCUUCAAGCUUUAACCAUAGAAAAGAGAUGGUUAAGCAGUUUAACAAGACUAAUAUCUGGCGUAAAAAGGGAAUUUCCAGGUUACCCGCUGUGCAUGGUGUUUCACUGAGACCAACCCCUGGUAAAGUCAGCAUACUCCGAGAUGGGUCAAUUGCUGUGGAAGUAGGAGGGAUUGAGCUUGGUCAAGGUCUAUGGACCAAAGUAAAACAGAUGGCGGCAUUUGGUCUGAGUAUGAUCAACUGUACUGGAAGUAAUGAGCUUUUGGAUAAGGUACGAGUAAUACAAGCAGAUACAUUGAGCAUGGUACAAGGAGGGUUUACUGCAGGAAGUACUACUUCAGAGUCUAGCUGUGAAGCUGUAAGAAUCUGCUGUAAUACUUUGGUUGAAAGAUUAACCCCUCUCAAGGAGAGCCUACAAGAAAAAAUGGGCUCCAUUAACUGGGAGACACUUAUUUUUCAGGCAGGCAUACAAGCAGUGAAUUUGUCGGCUAGCACCCUUUACAAACCCGAUAUGACUUCCAUGCAAUAUCUGAAUUACGGAGCUGUUGUUAGUGAGGUAGAAGUGAAUCUCCUCACGGGAGAAACUACUAUUUUGCGGUCAGACAUCAUAUAUGACUGUGGACAGAGUUUAAAUCCUGCUGUUGAUUUGGGACAGAUAGAAGGGGCUUUUGUUCAAGGUAUCGGCUUUUUCAUGCAAGAAGAGUACCUAUCUGAUCCUGAUGGUUUGGUUGUUUCUGAUAGCACAUGGACAUAUAAGAUCCCAACCAUUGAUACCAUACCAAAACAAUUAAAUGUUGAAAUUCUGAACAGUGGACAUCAUAAGAAUCGUGUUCUUUCAUCUAAAGCAUCUGGAGAGCCACCAUUGCUUCUAGCAGCAUCAGUUCACUGUGCAACUAGAGCAGCCAUAAAAGAAGCGAGGAGGCAGCUUGCUUCUUGGAGUGGCUGUGCUGAUGAUUCCUUAUUCCAAUUACCUGUCCCUGCCACCAUGCCUGUUGUCAAAGAGCUCUGCGGCCUUGACAUUGUUGAGAGGUACCUGAGUAGUUCGCCUGCUAACAAAGUGACUGAUAAGCGAUGACCUUUGUGCAGGUUUGCACACUGAACCUUCAGUUAUAUGUGAAACAUCUGUAACUGUAAGAUAAAGCCGUGUAUAAAAUUACAUCCAUUAUGCUACACAUCAAAUUCUACUGUACACUAUCAAUUUGAUCAUAACGAACUUAAGAUGCAAAUAAAGAGGGGCGUCUAAUCGUCUAUGGUGUUUCCUAAGAGGCCGAUAAGGUGGAAUACACCAAAAAUUGAAAGAUAAGAAAACGUGAAGCUGAGGUUGAUUGAUCAGCAGCACACUACUAAUAAAGCUUGCAAUUGUAAUGUACAAAAUGUGUAGUUUGAGGUUAUUUAUGUUGUUUAAGGGCAUCUCAACAUUUUGUUGGUUUCUGAAUUCUCAUCAGUGUAUCACAUGUCAUACAUCCUCUAUUUAUAGAGAAACAUCGCGUGUUAUGUCAUACAUGAUACAUCUUCUGUUUA